GUCAGGGGUCGUGGGCAGCGGUUGCGUUUGUUUUGGGUGAUGAGUGGAGAGGCGGCCGCUGCACAACACUGGACACUGUCAUGGCCAACCUGCCGCCCGGGGAUCCCAAGUUGGUGUCGCUGAUCGUCAACCACCUGAAGAGCCAGGGGCUGUUCGAUCAGUUUCGCAGAGACUGCCUGGCUGAUGUGGACACCAAGCCUGCAUACCAAAAUCUGAGGCAACGGGUUGAUAAUUUUGUGUCUAACCACUUGGCAAACCACACAUGGAGUCCUCAUCUGAACAAGAACCAGCUGAGGAAUAACAUCCGGCAGCAGGUGCUCAAGUCUGGAAUGCUUGAGUCUGGUAUUGACCGUAUUAUAUCGCAGGUUGUGGACCCAAAGAUAAAUCACACUUUUAGACCUCAAGUGGAAAAAGUUGUUCAAGAUUUUCUGGCCACUCUAAACAACAAAGAAGAUACAAAUGCAAAUCAUGAACAGGCAGAAGAAAAGUCUGAGUCCUCGCUGUCUGUUACCGGUUCUGCAUCUCUGGUUGGGCCCAGCACCAGUGUUGCUAAUGAUGCAAUGUCCAUUUUGGAGACCAUAAGUUCCUUGAAUCAAGAAGCUACGGCCGCCUGGGCCUUGUCAGAGAAUUCGAACCAAAAAAGUACCGACAAGGUUUCCCGGAAGCCUCCUCCUCCACAGAGCAUUGAUGUUCCCAUAGAAGAGUCUCUGGAGAUUGACAAGCCCACUCCUGAAGUCCCCACUGAAAGUGCAGAACCACCCGCCAAGGCAGAAGAGAUAAAUGAUAUAAUUUCACCUCCAGCUGAGGACAUUAAAAAUUCAGUCAAUGAAGCUAUUAGCUCCACACAAAGCAAAGACACUGCGAAUGACAUUGACGAACAGAGACCCAAAUCUGUGGAGAGAGCGGAGAAGAAAAUCGAGGUCACUGAGAAAUCAGACCGGAAGGAGGAGAAAAAAGAAAUUAGGACAGAGAAAAGAAACGAACACGUGAAGAGGAGCGAUGACGCCACCAAACAGAAGGAAGAGAAGCCCGGGAAGGAGAAGGAAGGGGACGCUGAACCUGCUAAACACAGUAACGCUGAGAAAAGUAGCAGCAAGCUAAAGGCUGCCGACUCUGUGAAGGAAGAAUGUGCCUUACCUGAUUCUGAUGUGGAUGCUUUUUCGGAUGUUACAGUCAGCUCUGUUCACACCAGUGACUUAUCCUCCUUCGAAGAAGACAGUGAUGAGGAAGAUGCUGUGUCUGAGAGUACAGAAGAAGGGGAAAUUACUUCUGAUGACGAAGAAAACAAAGUAGACCAAGAGAGUAAAGCAAAGUCAUCUGGUGAACAGCAUGAAACAAAGACAAAAGGCACACGGCAUGCCUAUGUUCAUAAGCCGUUCCUGUACUCUAAAUACUACAGCGACUCGGAUGAUGAACUAACCGUAGAACAACGCCGGCAAUCUGUGGCCAAGGAGAAGGAAGAACGGCUACUUCGGAGACGAUUGAAGAGGGAGAGACUGGAAGAGAAGCGCAAACAGAAGGCUUUAGAGAAAAGCAAGGCCUUGAAAAUGAAGAAUCAUGGAGGAACAAGUGCUACUGACAAAUCUUCCAAAGGUCUGAAGCCAAAAUCCAACAGCAUGAAAGAAGUGCUCAAAGAACAGAUGUUUCUAGAAAAAAAAGUUGCACUGAGCAGAAAAAAGAAGACUGAACUUGGAAUUGAUCCUGCUAGCAGUCUAAAGAUAAAAAGUGACCUCCAUGAUGAAGAUUCAAGGGAUACCCAAAAGUCUAAUGAGUCACUGGACAGAUCUUCCUCAUCCACAAGAGACUUAAAGUCUAAUACUGCAAGGAGUGAUCCUAACAAAGCAUCAAGGAAAGAGUCCACAGAGCAUAGUAAAAAUGAUUCCAGAGGAGAAAAAGAGUUAAAGAAAAAAACAUCUUUAGAAAAAACGCAAGACAGUGAAGUGCAAGAUACUCGUAAACAUGUAGAGAGAUUAGACUCUACAUCUGAGGAUUAUUCAAAGUCUAAAAAUGUAAGCAGAUCUGAAAAAAAUGUAAAAAGGGACAGUAAUGAAGGAGAUUCACAGAAUGCCAAGAGCAUGCCAAGGAAGGAAGUUAAGUCUCAUAAAAGUGAGCGUGAAAGGACUUACUCAGAGGAGCGUUCCUCCUCCAAGCACAGACACAAACCAGACAGUGUACAUAGACAAGCAAAUGAUGAGUUGGAGUCUCAAAAAGCUAAGAGGAUCUCAAAAGAUGAACAAUUGAGUAAACACAGUCUAAGUAAAUCUGGCUCUGAAGAACGAGCUGAUAGAAAAAAUAAGCAGAAAAGUGAUGGGAAGUCAUCAUCUUCUUCUUCCAGCAAAGAUGAGAGAUCAUCUGAUCACACAGGCAAAAUAGAUGGCAGUAAAAGAGAACGACACCAGUCCACUGACAAGGCCAGACCUGAGAACCGGAAUAAGCGAUCAGCCAGCGAUUCCAGACAACACAGGGAGCUUAAAAGGUCCCACAGUUCAUCUGAGAAAAAAAACAAACCUGAUGAUAAAAACGAAGUUGACUCCGCUAAUUCUGAUAACUCAAGGCCGGAAGAGAGCGUGAAAGACAGAAAGAGAACACAUAGCUCUUCAGAAGAGAAGACUCAUGCCAAAGCAAAGUUUAAAAGCAGUAGUAAAUCUCCGAAACAGAAUGACCAAGAAGAGACAAACCAAAAGAACGAAAAAGAGAAGACUGUGGUGGAAGGGUCAACAGAGAAAUAUCGAAAAUCUAAACCUGAAGAUAAAGAAGAUGAUCAAAGGGAAAAUGCUGUUUCUCAGAGUUCUAGCACUGUAGUUAAAGAUGUAAGUCAGAAGUCUAAACAUACAAGUGACAAAUCAAAGGAAAGAGCUCGGCUGGACAGCAAGGAUCGGGACUCUCUUAAGUUGGAUAAGAAAUAUUCUGGUGAACCCUCUAAAUCAAAGCAUAGUCAUAAGGAUGAGAGGCGAAAGAGUGAAAGUGGAAAAAUGGAGGAAAGAUCCUCGAAGUAUCCAGAGGAAAAGAGAGUCCAAGACCGUUCCAGCAGCUCAGAUAGAAAGUCAAGUAAGAAAUCUGAACAUAAAAGUGGAAGUUCUAAAGGUGGCACUAAUAAGGGGGUAAAAUUAGAAAACGAAAGUGACACAAAUAUUAACAUUUCCAGUGAGUCAAAAGAUGUUGAACGACCUAGAGAGAACAAAAAGCUUGGAAAAAUACACGUGGAAAGCACUGAAAAGACAAAUCCUGAAACUGCAGAAUCUAUAACAAAUCUUGGUACUACAAGCCCUCAUUCUAUUGCUGAAGCUACUACCUCAAAGAAAUCUAUUUUACUUAAAUCCAAGACAAAACAUGUAAGCAGUGAUUCAAAGGAUAGCAGUGGUGCCUUUAAAAAUACUGCAACUCCUUUACAAGUGACAGCUACCAAGGUUAGUAAGGAAACUGAUGCAUCAACAGCAACAUCUGUAGACAGUCAACGUAAUAAAAUGAAUUUGCCCAGUGGACCAAACUCCACUGCUACGGAGAAUGAUUCGGUAAUCCCUCCCAAGACCUCAAAGAAUCCGGAUAAUGAAAUUGGUGGUAGAGCUCCUCUGCAACCCAGAGAGAUUGAAUAUUCUGCUCAGGGACCGAGGGAAUCUUCUUCAGAAACCAAUAACAUGGACAACUCCAGUUUGUCUCCUGAUGAAGUAUACUCUGAAGUGACAGAUUCCAAUGAUGGUGAAAUUUCCACUAGUGACCUUGCUGAAGAGGAUGGAAAAAGCACUAAAGAGGCAAUGAAAAAGGAAAGUGCCAUCAUUCUAGUUGAGACUGAUUCUGUGGAACGUGAUAACCAAGUCACUGGAAAUAAUGUAGAAGGGGAAGCUUCUACUAUGGAUAUUGAUACAUCAGAGAGUGAAAACUUUGAGAGAUACAAUGCAUCUAAAGAUGGCUCUACGGUUGUCCUAAGAGAUGCUAGUUCUGUAAAUGUGACUUGUACAGAAAGAAAUGUUGAAAGUAGUAAGAUGGAUGCUAGUCAGGGACAGGCCGGUAGCAGUAUUGCUGUGCAUUCUGGGUUUGAUAAUCGGAGUGUGAAAGAAACUGAAUGUGAAGAUGCUGCUGCUUCUUCCAGCUCCGUUGUAGAAACUACCAAUGAAUUGAGGCUCCUUGGAGAAGACACUGCCACUUCUUCCAAUCCCAAUUUGGAUAUUGCCACCGAUAAAAGCUGCAUUGAAAUGGACUCUGUAAACCUUGAUAAUAGCAGGGGUUAUAAUUCUUCGGCUUCUGCAGAUGGCAACUUUGUAGAAGAUGACGGAGAUUUUACAAUGUUGUCAGAAAAUAGCUUUGAGGAUGCCACCACUACUUCAAGCACUGAUAGAACUUUGUUUCAUGACAACACAGAAAGUUCAGAAACCUGUUCACAAAGCACCAGUGAUAAUCUUCCAGAACAAGCAAGUAUCAUUACCUUUAAUCCUGCAACAUCAAGUGCAAACAGAGAAUCUAGAGAAAACAAUCAGGAGAAUGCAGCCUCUUCGUCUAACCAUAACGAAGGCUCUCUUGCCUUAAGGGAGUGCCACAAUGAUACCCACACAGCAACAUCUUCUGAUACCACCUCUGAAAUUGAACGUACCAAUAAUGCUGUAAUCCAUAUAGCAACAUCUUCAGAAAGUUACUGCAUGCCUGCCAUUUCUGAAAACAUAACUACGCAAGCAGCAACCUCAUCAGUGGCUGUAGCAGACAUUGAUGGAGGUCUUGGGUUGUCAGAAAGGCACACAGCCACCUCUUCAAGUAGUGUGAUCAAUAGGAGUAGAGGGAUGAACUUUGAAGUGUCUCUAGUCUCAUCAGAAAUAGAUGGUGAACAUGUAGCAGCAUCAUCCAGUAAUUUAAUGGAUAGCAGUAUGACUGAUGACUCUUUAGAAAGAGAGAACGACAAUGCAGCAAGUUCUUCCAGUAGUGUACCUAGUACCUGCAGAAGUAACCAUACGUUUGGUAAUGCAGAGGAAAGUAAAAAUACUCGUGCCACCUCAAGCACAGAGCAAGAUGGCAUGAAUGAUACAUGUACAAACUUUAUUUCUUCUGGAACUCCCAAAGAAUAUCCAGGAAACUCAUCAGAUCUUGCCAUGGACAGUAGUACUGAAGUAUCCAUCAGCAGAGACCUGUACUCUGGAAGUACCUCGAGCUGUUCUAGUAGUGGAGAGGGUCAAAGCAACAAGUAUAAUAAACACAGUAAGGAUAAGGACAAUACUGCAUCUUCAAGCAGCGGAGAUCCUUUGGUUCUUACUCGAACUUCUACUGAAGAGGCAGCAUCCUCUUCAAGUUCUUUCAGGCAGAGUAGUACAAAUGACUCGGCUGCAUUGACCUCGGAAAACACAGAAGCUACAACAUCUUCUAGCAUUGCAAUGAGCAUCAUUGCUGAUCGGUUUGACAGAUCAUCUCCUGGUAAUAGUACUGACACUACAGCAACUUCAUCGAGUAACUCAACUAGCAUUAGUGUCAGUUUACAUCUGUAUCCCAAUACGCAACCAACAGCAUCUUCAAGUGUCUUAAUGGACAGCAGUGCAGAAGAGGAUUUAAGCAUGAGAUGUACUAUGGACAUAGACAGAGGUACUGGCACACCAACGUCUUCUGAUGCUUUGGACACAUUAUAUGCAGAGGACACUGUAAGAACAGAUGAAGUACCUGCAUCAUCAAGCACAAUGGCUGCAGAUAGGACUGAAGAGAAUGUGGAAAGUGCUUUUGCAAAUAAGGCAAAUGAACAGACUGCUACAUCCAGCGACAUGAUGGACAGCAGCAUAGAAGAUGACAAAACUUGUGCUGUUAUUUCCAACAAAGCUUCUUCCACUGCAUCUGCAACUAUUAACAAUGACUCAAGUGCAAAUAAAGACCAUGAUGUUAAUAGUGAAGCUACUGCUGCGAGUUCAAGCAACACUAUGGAAUCAUCUUUUGAUAAUGACAAUAAUGCCACGUCAUCAGAUUACAUCAUGGGAAGUAGCUUAGAAGAAACACAGGCUGUGGGUCCAUGCAAAAAUCAUGAAGCAGCCAGCUCUUCAAGCUUUAUUGAUGGUAUAGGCCAAGAAAUCCAAAUGGAGGCAGCCAUCGAUAGACCUAUUGUCGAUGAUGCAACAACGUCUUCCAGCACUGAGAGAGAGAAUGAUGAUACUGAAAGAGAGGGAACUGUUGGGAAUGAGACAAAUAGUGGUGCUUUAGAAAUAUCAGUAGAAUCAAGCUUUGCAGAUAACCACAGCAACAGGGCAAUAUCUGGUACCUCCGAAGAAGUUGCAGUUCAUCUGUCAGCAGAAGCGAACAACGAUUCAGGAUGCAUUGAGGCAAACUUGGAAAAUGGGGAUAAUGAUGUAAGCUAUGAAAAGGAGGAUGCUGUAAGCAGUGCAAGCUCUGAGGAGCAAAAACAUGUUUGCAGUGUAUCAAGAGAAGUGAGAGAUCGAGAAACUGAUGGUGUGGUAACUAGUGCCAGCACUGGAGCAAGAGUGUCACCUGAGAGCAGGGACAGUUCUGAAGCUUAUGGUCACGUAAGUUAUGCAGAGAAAGUUGAUACAGGAAAUGUAGCUUACUGUCCUGUAGAAGUGGCAGUUUCUCAUACAAAUGAUAUUGAUAUAAAUGAAAAUCAGGAAUCUGAGGCAUCUGCUGAAAACAUGGACCCUGAAGAUCCUGAGAGAAAUGCUUCUGCUGAGAAUGAACAGUUUGAGGAGAUUGUUGAUAUAGUAACAGAGCAUGAAGCUUCUAGACCUGUGUUGGAAGAAGGUGAAGGUGCUGUCACCAGUACAGGCAUUUCUGAAGAAAAUUAUGGUGUAAAGCAAGAUAACAAUGCAUGCUGUGCCCGAGAAAGCACUGAAAGUAGCAAUAUCAUGAGUAGGCCUGCAAGUAUAGAUUCCAGAGUUACCACGGAAGAUGAUGAAAGUGCCAUCACAAGUACUGGAGCGAAAGAAGAUGAAGAGGAGGGAGAAGGGUUUGUCACAAGUACUGGGACUGCAAGUGAAGAUUCUUCAUUUUCAAUCAAUGUAGAUCAAAAUUCCAGUAAUUUAAUACAUGCUGCAGAAGUCCCAAGCAAUAUCUUGAACAGUGGGGUUGAAGAGGCCUUGUCACAGGUUGAAGAGACUGUGGAACCAGUUGUGGAAGGGGUAGUGGCUGAGGCACAGGUUAAAAAGGCAAUGGUAGAGCCACUAUUUGUGGAAGUAGCAAUGGGAGAGGAAGUGGCACAAGUUGAGGCAGAAGCGCAAGUUGUAGAAAAGGCCAUGCCAGAGGUACAAGUUGUGGAAGAGAGAGUGGCAGAAGCACAUGCUGUGGAAGAUGCAGCGGGAGAAACUGCGGAUGAGGAAGAGACACAGGUUGAGGAAGAGCUAAUAACAAAAACACAUAUUAAGGAAGAGGCCAUGCCAGAGGUACAGAUUGUGGAAGAGACAAUGGCAGAAGCAGAUGCUAUGGAAGAUACAGCAGGAGAAACAGAGGUUGUAGAUGGGGCACAGGUCGAGGAAGAGUUGGUAGAAAAAACACAAAUUAAGGUAGAGGUCAUGCCAGAGGCACAGGUUGUGGACGAGGCAGUGACAAAGGCAUGUGCUUUAGAAGAGGCAGUGGCACAGGUUGAGGAAGAGUCGGUGGCAAAAGCCCAGGUUGAAAGAGUGUCUGUAGUAGAAGCACAAAUUGAUGAAGAGGCUAUGCCAGAGGCUAAAGUUGCGGAGGAGGCAGUGGCAGAAGCACCUGCUGUGGAAGAGGCAGUGGCACAGGCACGGGUUGAGGAAGGGUCAGUGGCAGAGGCACGGGUUGAGGAAGGGUCAGUGGCAGAGGCACGGGUUGAGGAUGAAAAAGUUGAUAAAGUACUUGACCAUGUUACAAGUGUCAGUGUUGCAUCAACAAUGCCAUUAAAUAGAACUUCAGUGAAGAGUGGUAAUCUUUCUGAUGUAUGUGCACCUGGGUCCUUAACACUUGGUGCUGCAGGGAUUUCCGGGGAGAAACUUGAUGAUUUAAAAGAGGAAUACAAAUGCACCGGUGACCUGGACACUAGAGCGUUAGUUGAGUCUCAAGAUUCUCUAAUAGAAAGCAGUAGUGCGGCAAGCAACACCUUUUUGGAUGAGACAUUGUAUUCUGAUGAUGUACCAAACAAAGCUUUAUUAGAAGAGAAAUCAGAAGCCCAUGAAAUGCACGUUCCUUCUACGGACAGCAGUGAAGCCGCUCUAAAAACCAUGGCAGUACAGGAAUUGGACACAGGGAAAGCCUCAAAUUCCAAUGAAGUUCCCCCAGAACUCAACAAGGGUAGUAUUUCUCAGUCCAGCAACAAACUUGAAGAGUCUAAAGAAACUUUUAUCGCAAAUCACCAAAUUGAAAAGAAAACAGAAGGCCAAAACUCUACCUCAGCUGAUGCCUCUGAAAACCAAAAUGUAAUAGUUACUUCAGACUGUGUCAUGGAGCGUGUAUGUUCUGAGCAGAAUGCUGACUCUUGUGACCAGAAACCUGAUGUCUUAGAUGAUUCUCUUUCAAUAAAUAUGGACCGACCAAAAGAACCUAAAAGUAUUACAAAGCAAGAAGAUAUUGACCCAAUCAAAAAAAGCGAGGAUAAAUAUGUAAAGGAAGAGGAGAAAGUACAAGGAACGCAACCAGAUCCAAAAUCUGAUGUGGAAUCUGAGCCUAAACCUCAACCUGAAAAAAGAAAGAGGGGUAGACCCCCAAAGAGACGGACUCUCUUAGCUUUGGCCAUGCAAGCUGAGGCAGCAAAAAAGCAGGCUUCAGAAGAGCAGCGCCCUCUAGAUGAAAAAUCUACAUCUGAGAAAAAUGCCAAAGAGAAUCAAGAUGGCAAUAAGAAGAAUGAGUCUGAUGAGAAAAAAUCUGAUGAGAGCAGUUCAGACAGAAAUCCAGUGCUUGUGUCCAGGAGAGGAAGGAAAAAACGUUCCCUAAGUUCUUCUGAGACAGAUGGCAAUAAGAAGGAGUCUGAAGAGAAAAAAUCUGAUGAGAGCGGUUCAGACAGAAAUCCAGCGCUUGUGUCCAGGAGAGGAAGGAAAAAAGGUUCCCUAAGUUCUUCUGAGACAGAUGGCAAUAAGAAGGAGACCGAUGAGAAAAAAUCUGAUGAGAGCGGUUCAGACAGAAAUCCAGCGCAUGUGUCCAGAAGAGGAAGGAAAAAACGUUCCCGAAGUUCUUCUGAGACAGAUGGCAAUAAGAAGAAUGAGACCGAUGAGAAAAAAUCUGAUGAGAGCGAUUCAGACAGAAAUCCAGCGCAUGUGUCCAGGAGAGGAAGGAAAAAACGUUCCCGAAGUUCUUCUGAGACAGAACCAGAAAGAAAACGUAAGAAGUCUGAAUGUAUUGAGGACGAUCAAGGCGAGGAUGGUGAAGAGGAAGAUGAAGAGGAAGAUAGUGAAGAUGAGGAAGAAGAGAGUCAUCGAGGAGCCACAACCCGGGCAGCCUCUCGUCUAGAGGCACAGAGCAAACUGCCACACAAGCCAACAACUCGAGCAGCCUCCAAAUUAAAUAGUCCUGAGAAAUCUUCACCAGCAAGCAGACGGCGUAAAGUGGCAUCCCCAGAAUCAAAGACGGGCAAAGCCACAAAGAACCGGUCUCCCUUACCUCAAGCAAGUGGAACAAAGAGAAGGAGAGAAGCAAGUCCAUCGACACCGAGGUCUCGAGGUCAACACACGUCAGACGAAACCGCAGCGAAAAGGAUAAAACGCCAAUAACUGUACAAAGUUCAUGUUUUUGUAUUAUUGUAUUCUAAUUUAAUACUGUGUAAAAAGUCAAUUGUUGAAAAGGUGCUUAGAAAUGUAAAUGAAUAAUACAAGUUAAGCAUCAUCUUAUGGGGCGCACAGUUUUACCGAAUUUAUUUAGUUGUAUGUAGAGGCCUCAGAGAUAUUUGGAUUUACGGACUGUACAAAAGUCCUCGUUCAGUGUUCCUGCAACAUAUUGUAUAAAUCUGUAACAUAUGGGUUGGAAGGUUAUAAAUAGAUAAUUUCUCUUUCUUAAUUCUAUACUUUUGCCCGUCUGGCAAUAUUUCAUGGACCAUCACCAUACCUUUUUUAGUGUAAAAAAAUAUACAUAUUACAAACACCUGCUGUUACAUAGGCUUACUAAUGAUCCCUCUCGCGUAGAAACGCAGAAUUUUUUUUUUAAAUAACAUUGGUGGGGUUGUUAUGGAUUUAAAAAAGGCAAAAGGUGCUGAUCUGCGAUAUCGGACAAAACCCAUGGAGAAGAGUGGCGCUGCUUUAUGGGAGGGGGAAAAAAAACGCUGAAGCAUUUUUUUUUCUUUUUAUUCUGGUCAAUUUAAAGGGGUAUUUCAAAGAAAUGUUUUUCAAAUCAAUUGGUACCAGAAAGUUUAACAGAUUUAAAUGACUUCUAUACAGAAAUGUUAACCCUUCCAGUACUUAUCAGCUCUUUAUUCUCCAGACUCUCUAAUAUUGUGCAGUAUAUAAGAAAAACUCAAUUUUCUUAGUAACCACAUUGUAAAUAUACAGUGUUCAUUAAAAUAAUUUUUUUUUUUUUUAGUGGUUAGAUAUUUUUGAACACCUAAAGGAACCAAUACAACCAAAUCUUCUUGAAAGCUCAAACUUUGAGCGCUUCUUAUUAUUUUUCGUUUUCCUUGACUUUGUUAAUAUAAAUACCUGUACAGUCUGUUCUUUUAUCACUUGUUCUUUGUGAAUUUGUCACUACCGGAUGAGCUCAGUUUUUUUGCGGCUAUUACUCAGUUUCAGUAUUUUUUAUCUUUAAAAUCAGUGUUUCUCAACUGGGAUGCCUCCAACUCGUUGCAAAACUAAAACUCCCAGCUUGCCUUUGGCUGUCCGGGCAUGCUGGGAGUUGUAGUUUUGCAACAGCUGGAAGUACACUGGUUGGGAAAUGAUGCUUAAAGGGGUACUCCGCCCCUAGACAUCUUAUCCCCUAUCCAAAGGAUAGGGGAUAAGAUGUCAGAUCGCCGCGGUCAUUGCUAUCAUUGCUGCACAGAGCGAGUUCGCUCUGUGCUUAAUGAGGGGCGAUACAGGGGACGGAGCAGCGUGAUGUCAUGGCUCCGCCCCUCGUGACGUCACGGCCCGUCCCCCUUAAUGCAAGUCUAUGGCAGGGGGGCGUGACGACCGCCACGCCCCCUCCCAUAGACUUGUAUUGAGGGGGGAGGGCCGUGAUGUCACGAGGGGCGUAGUCGUGACGUAACUAUGCUCCGGCCCCUGUAUUGCCCAUCAUUACGUGCAGAGUGAACGCGCUCUGUGCAGUAAUGACAGCGGGGUGCCGCAGCAGUGAUCCCAGGGGUCCCCAGCAGCGGGACCCUGGCGAUCUGACAUCUUAUCCCCUAUCCUUUUGGAUAGGGGAUAAGAUUUCUAGGGGCGGAGUACCCCUUUAAGGGUUGGUUCACACACAGGAUCUGCUGCCAAUUUUGCUACCCAUUGACUUUAAUGGGUGGAAAAAUUAGCUGCAGAAAAUAUGCGGCAAAAUAGGCAUCUGGUCCUGUACGUGUGAACAUGCCCUUAGAGUCUAUCCAUGUGUACAGUAUCUGCGCAUAUUUGAUGCACUGGAUUUUCUGCUGCAGAUUUUCGGCUGCAGAGUUCAAUGUAAACUAAAUGACUGAAUACAGUUUCAAAUCCUGUGCCUCAAAUAUGCACAGGAUACUCUACAUGUGAAUACACCCUUGAGUAGGGUCACAUUAGGGUAGGGUAAAUUGUAUAUUUUGCUGUGAAUUACUGCAGCUGAUUUUGCUACCCAUCGACCUAGUGAAAUUAGCUGCAGUAAUUCACAGCAAAAAAAAGAGUAGAAAUAUACGCAGCUAAAUAUGGCGUGUGACCCUACCCUUUAUAAGGUAUUUUUGCAGUGUAAGAUUAAUGGCAUUUCCCGAAGGUUUACCAUCAAUGUGUGUGUCCAACUGCUGAGACUACUGUUCAUAAGUAUGAAGGAACUUGUUGGAGUAACAUGGUCCCUUCAGUGGUACCAGACAAAGCAUAUGGACCAGAGCUUUUCUGUCUGUAAAUCGUGGUGUCUAAGUGGUUCGAUCCUCUCCAUUAUGUCAACAUGAUAUCUUGGAAAAUCCCUUUAGGGGCAGGGUUACACGUAACUCAUCCGCAGUGUAUUUCAUCCUGUGGGAAAUCCGCUUCAGAUUCUGCUAUGAGCAGACAUACAUGACUGCCCUGCCAUAGCCUUGUGUGUGCAGUAAGGAUUGCAGGCUGGUCACAUGACUGUGACACGCCUGUCCGCCUCCAGUCUUUACUGCACACACAGGGCUGCAGGGGAUUAACCAUGUGUGUCUGCUCAUAGCAGAAUCCGCAGCGGAUUUCCCACAACAUGUCACCCCACCCUUAAUGAGUAAGUUGCCAAAUGUAGUGAUUAGCAUUGUUACAGCAUUUUUGUUGCCUUCUUCAUGUAUUAUUUAUAACUUUUCUGGUUGUUUUUUUUUUUUUUCCUCCAUUUUGUACAGUUGAUAUUUUCUGUGAAAAAUAAUUUCCUAAGGCUUUGUUUUAAGUGUUUUUUAUUUUAUUUUUUACAUAAAUUAUGGCUUGGUUCCAAACUGAUUUGCAAUGAAAUCAUUAUUUAAAGUUAUCAUAAAUUUGAGUGUUGAGUGAAAUGGUCACUUGCUUGAAGCAUCUAUCCAGCCAGAAAUUAUUUAUGUAUAGUACAUUUAAUGG